AUGGCCGAUGCAGCAAAGAAAGUCCUCAUAUCUGGUGGCACUGGCUUUGUAGGCUCAGCCAUAGUGCGGGCUCUUGCAGAAAAACAUCCAAACUUUGUCCUCGCCGUCAUCGACCAGAGUCCCCCACAAUCUGAGCACAUCCUACCACAGAGAACUACGUACAUGCAGAUGGAUAUCACUUCAACUGAAGCAUUGAGCAGAGCAUUUGAGACUGUGAAACCAGAUAUCGUUGUCCACACUGCCGGAAUCGUCCCAGAUUUGGCCGAACGGUUCAGCCGCCGACUGGAGCAAGAGGUAUGGAAGAUCAACUUUGAAGGCACACAGAAUAUGCUGGAUAUAUCCAAGAAGAGCGGGGUUGAAGUCUUCAUAUACACGAGCAGUUGCUGCGUGGUGAUCGACGAUACGCGUGUCGCUCAUCCUAACAUCAAUGAAGAAUGGCCCUUGGCAUUCAAGUCAACCAUUUAUGGAGAGUCCAAGGCUGCUGCAGAAUCACUCGUUCUAAAGGCCUCCAGCAGCAAAAUGGUGACAUGUGCCCUUCGACCAUCGGUGCUCUGCGGAGCAGGAGACUACCAGCUAGUACCAUCUAUUCACGCAUCUAUCUCCAAAUAUGAAACCCCUUUUUUAUCGGAAAUGGCUUCAAUUUGCGGGAUAUCACCCACGUUGACAAUGCUGCCGAUGCUCACAAUCUGCUAUCGUCCCGCACCGCUGCAGGCGAGGCCUUUUUCAUUCAGAAUAACGAACCUAUCGUCUUCCGUGAUUUUUGUUUGGCAAUCUGGGCACAUUUUGGGCACGUCCCCCCUUUUGAAAUAUAUCCCAAAGAGUCUGGCUUACUUCGCCGGGCUGGCGUGUGAGACGGUCACCUGGUUGAUGGGAACAAUGACAACUCUCAGCCGUGGGAGUAUACAAGAUGCAUGUGCCACUCGGUAUGCUGGUGGAAUCAAAGCUAAGGAGAUUCUGGGGUACGAGGCGCGUAUUGGUAUCGAAGAAGCCAUCCGUUUGAGUUGCGAGGAUUAUGCUUCUCGUCUCGGGGUAAAAUUACCCAUCCUCAAUGGUGGAAGCCGGCAAAAACAGUAA